AUGUGUGUUCAAGAAGACCGACCUCAUAUUUGGCAGGGGAAGUCUUUAGAGUGUCGGGCCUUAAAAGGAAUGUUUGCAUGGUUGGAUGGCAGAAAUAGACUAAUGUAUGUAAUGUUUUUGGCACAAAGUGGUGAAAAAUUGAGUCCGUCGCUUAAUGGGAAUUGUCCGACACCUGCAAUCCUCAGAAUGACCGCGCUAAAGCUGGGAUAUUGCUUACCGUAUCUGGAUCUUUCCGAUGUGGUGUUUCGUUCCUUCACUUCGACUUCUGCCCCUUCUGUUCCGAAGAAAACUCCAAAUAAUUUUAGCGCACUAGCACCGCUUCGAUUAACAACUACUCGCAGUAAUUUCUUGCGAACAGGUGUCUGA